AUGGAUUACCACGAAAGACAUGGCCAUGAUGUCGCCAGCUUCGAUGAUCUCCCUUCAACGCAUCGCAUGCCUACCGUCUCCGCUGCCGAUGCCUUGGAUGACCUGAACGAUGGAGACAACUCGCCUUUCAUCCCUACCAGCCUAGACGCCCUCGAUGCCGCUUUGAAACCGAGUCUAGACAUCGAAACAGUCACUGGAGGAAUACAGAAGGGUCAAGUUACUGAGAUUUGGGGGCCUCCUGGCGUCGGAAAGACUGCUUUCGGCAUACAACUCUCAGCCAACUGCCUGAGUGAGGGCAAAGGUGUCGUUUGGAGCGGCUUGGUUACAGUCGAAUACGACUUCAGUGAACCGCUACCGAACCACUUGUCUACACCGAGCACGAAGCGAAAGUUGGGUGACACCACUUUGGAGAUAGCCGAUAGCGAUGAUGAGGAUUACGGUUGGCAGGAAGAGGACGACGAAGCCGUGCCGCCUCCGCCCUCGCAGUGGCAGGGAAGCGAGGACAUCCUUCUUGUCCCAGAGCCUGAAAGCGAUCAAGAGGAUGAGGAGCCAGAAGAGGAGAAAGAGGGAUCUGACAAAGCCGAAGAUGCAGGUGACGAAGACGCAGACGCCGCCUUCAACACCACGGCGGACGAAUCACAGCUCGCCAGUAAGGUCUUUGGUCGUGAUCGGGAGAUUCAGGAUUCUCAGGCCGACUGGUGA